UAUUUCGAUUUAUGCACGGUGAAAAAUAACAACAAUCAAACUGUUUAACCACAUAUGUGGUUGUAUUUGAAAACAUCAGGAGGUUUCGCGUAUUUGAGAGCGAAAACUUUUUUUUCAGGAAUUCCAUCAUCACUUGAAUUAUUUUGAGUUUCCUGUGACGACACUUGGCAGAGCACUCGCACGAAUUAUCUGUCAGUAUCAUUCGAUAGCAGCAGAUCAAAAUGGCCCUAAAUAACUUGGCAUGUUUUGCUUUGUUGGUUGUAACAUUAACAGUUACAUUGGCCAGUGCCAAUGAGCGAACGAAGACUGUGGAAUUCAACGUAAAACCCGGUGGAGCGGUGCACACGUUCUCCGAGAAAAUGGUAAGCGAUAUGGAGAAAAUGCUACUUUCACAGAGAGAAUAUGAAUGUUCAUUCACGUAUGCAUCACAAGGGGGAACCAACGAGCAAUGGCUGAUGAGUGUGGGCCUGAGCGAUGAUGACAGUCUGUUCUCCUGCUCAGUGUGGAGACCCCAGGGGAAGUCCUACUUGUUUUUCACACAGUUCAAGGCUGAGCUGAAAGGAGCCAAGAUUGAGUAUGCCAGUGCAUAUUCCCAGACUGCAGCGGGAGGACAGAGGGAUGUGACUUUGAAGGAAGAUGAAUUCACUGUGGGGGAUUCUACAGUGACCCACAAAGACGGGAAGUUCCGCGCUGAGCUCUCCAAACUUACUAUUAUUGGCCGGACACGACACGAUGAGCUCUGAUUGGCUGGAUAUCCAAAUGACUGUUGUAAUAUUGUCCAAUGGUGACAUCCAUGCGAGCUCUCAAGGCAGGACAUUGUGCUCUACUGUCGACAACAGUGGAAAAUGAAGGACGAUAUUCAAGCAUGAAGGACGAUACAGUAAUGGAGUGACAGCCUUAGAGCUUGGUGGUCUACAACUAUGCUGUUGAAUAUAUCUAUUGUUUUUUAGUUAGAGGAUUAUGGCUUUACAGGGAAAAUUCAUUAUGUUCCAUAAUGUAUGAGAAUGUAUCUUGGGAUGUCUGAUGUUAACGGAUGUAGAGAGAUAUAGGGUCAGAGGAUUUAUCGGUCUAAUGCUAAGCCAGGGAAAUGUGAGUAAUCUAUUGUCUUCAUCGUGCGCACGUUAACAGAUAUACAUUUUUUCCAAUCUGCUUCUUCUCUAAGCAAGUGAAUGCUUAAUACAGACACUGUAGAGCAGGGAGCCCCAGUUAGAGCACCUGAUUCAACCAACCAAUCAUCAUUCAAUGCAGUUGAUUUAGUUUUUCUCACUCCUACCGACAGUCUUAAUGAAGCUAGGUGGAGCUUUAGAACAGAAGCUUAUUUGUCCCACCAGGAUUAGAGACAUAUUGCCUUGAUGUAGAGGAUAGUAAGCUUGCCAGCACGUACCAGGUUCAUCCCUGUCGGUCUAGAGGAGGCCAUCCCUCAGUGUUGAUAGUGGAGUCCCUUGGCUCCCAACAGGAAAUACUACCGGGCACUUAUUUUUUACAUUUUAUUUUCUACUCCUUGGUUUUCUAAAUCACAAUGUGCAACUGAUGCUCCAAUAAAAGUCAUGUUGUCUGGGAAUAUGAAA